AUGUACACAUAUAAACCUCUCUACUUCCAUCCAUCAAUGUACACUUAUCAACCUCUCUACUUAUAUCCAGCAAUGUACACAUAUCAACCUCUCUACCUACAUCUAUCUACAUACACACAUCGACCUCUCUACUUACAUCCAUCUACGUACACAUACCAACCUCUCUACUUACAUCCAUCUACGUACACAUACCAACCUCUCUACUUACAUCCAUCUACGUACAUAUAUAAAUCUCCCUACUUACAUCCAUCUAUGUACAUAUAUCAACCUCUCUACUUACAUCCAUCUACGUACAUAUAUCAACCUCUCUACUUACAUCCAUCUAUAUACAUAUACCAACCUCUCUACUUACAUCCAUCUAUGUACACAUACCAACCUCUCUACUUACAUCCACCAUUGAACACAUACUAA